UCCUCCUGCUUCACACACACGAGAAGAGAGAAGAGAGGAGAGAGAUGGAGGUGCCCAUCAAGUUCUACAGGGGCAUCAACUCCUACUGGAGGAGGAGGAAGUACCAGAAGCUGGAGAGAUCGUCGUCACCCGGGCAUAAGAAGGUGACGAAGCUCGGGGCUGUGCGGGGGACGAGGCGGUGGUUCGUGAGGCUCCGGCGGAGCUUCCGGUUCAGGAUCAGACUCCCUUCCCCGGCCCGGCUCCUGGUCCGGCUCAGGGACGCCUACGUCGACUGCAUGCUGGCCAUGGCCGGGAAGGCGCCCGGCCUCUCCACCAAGAGUGGGCCGGAGGUCUGGUCGAAGAGGAUCCCCACGUCUCGAUCGACGAAGAUCAAAUCGGUUGAGUUCGAGCGGAGGUUACUAUGCGAGAUCUACAAGUCCCUCGUCAUCUCCGGAGAGCUGUGAGAACCCUUCCAAGAGCAUGAGAAGACGGAUAGGAAGAACAAGGUGAAGAUGGUGGAGGAGUCCGAGGGAACAAGAAGAAGCCCACUUCUUCGCUUCCAUCUUCUAUUUAGUGCUUUUGUACUUUUGACAAGCCUUUUGAAAUUUCCUUCCCCCUUUUUUUUAUGUUAUUUUAUUUUUCUGUUCCUCACUCAUUUUGGGUUGGGACUUCCUCUACUGUAAAGUCUAUCAUCAUGUAAACUAGUAUUAUGUACUGUGGAAUCAUCAUCUUCAUCCUACUGAUGUUGGGUUGUGUGCUUGUUUAUAUGUACUCAAUUAAUAUCCUGUAUUUAUCUAAUCAAGAGAACAAGGUGAAUUGAGUGCCUUCACUA